AUGACGAUGUUGGGGCUCACGCGUGUGGUUGCGUGUCUCCGUGCUCCCUUCCUCUUUGUGGCUGAGGAAUGUUCCACGGUUCGCGUGGACCACGGUCUGCCGGUCCACCCACCUGCCGACGGACGUCUGGGUGGUUUCCGAUUUGGGGCUUUUCCGGAUAAAGAUGCUCCCAACACGUGGGUACAGGUCUUCGUGUGGACGUGUGUUCUCGGCUCUCUCGGCUUGGCCGUGAGCAACUCUGACUCUGCCUGCUGUCCCCUGGAGGCCUGGUACCCAGGCCACGACCAGGGUCCCCCAAACCGCGAGCCCCGGCGCCUGGGAGCGGCCUCGGCGGGAGCUGGCUCAGACGGCGAACAGAUGCUCGCUAUUUUAAACCCACUGUUUAACACAUUAAGACAGCUGUUUCCCAUCCCCAAACCUCCGCCUAGGGCCGCCCGGGGCCCAGCCGCCCUGCCUAACAGCCUCUGCGCCCCUAUCCGAGCUCACUUCCCUUCCCAUCCCAGCCACGGGACCCCGGGGAGGCCCUGGAGAUGCCCGAAGGCCUCCCAUCGGUGGUCCCCAGUGGGACCUAGCUCCACGCAGUGGCUGGAGGAGGGAGAGGGGGAGGGGGUGGCCAUGGGGUGGGUGCGGCUGGCGCGGGCCCCGGGGACGGUCACGGCCGCCCUGAUCCUGUGGGCCCUGCUGGUGCCCUCGCAGGCGGUGGUGCGGGCUGUGCUGGACGGGAACGCGAGCACGGUGGACUUCCCGGGUUUGCCGGCCCUGUUCGGGGUGCCCCUGGCCCCCCAGGGCGUCCGGGGCUACCUGAUGGAGGCCAAGCCAGCCAACGCGUGCUAUCCCAUCGAGGGCCCGCGGCUGGGCAACGGCUCCCUGGGCGCCAUCGUGCUGAUCCGCCGCUACGAUUGCACCUUUGACCUCAAGGUCCUGCACGCCCAGCAGGCCGGCUUCGAGGCGGCCAUCGUGCACAACGUGCGCUCGGACGAGCUGGUGCGCAUGGCGCACGUCUACGAGGACCUGCGGCGCCAGAUCACCAUCCCCUCCGUGUUCGUGGGCGAGGCCGCCUCGCAGGACCUGCGGGUCAUCCUGCGCUGCGACAAGCUGGCCCACGUCCUCCUGCUGCCCGACUACCCGCCGUGCCCCGAGCUGGACUGCCACCCCGUGCUGGCCAUCUCCUGGGUCCUGGGCCGCGCCCUGGCCCUGCUCAUGUCCACCGUCUUCGUCCUGCGGCGCCUGUGGCGGUGGCUCUGGGCCCGGUGGACCAGGGUCAAGACGGCGCAGACGCAGGCGUGCCAGAAGGCCCAGGUGCGCACCUUCACGCGGCACAGCGACCUGUGUGCCAUCUGCCUGGACGAGUACGAGGAGGGCGACCGACUCAAGAUCCUGCCGUGUGCCCACACCUACCACUGCAAGUGCAUCGACCUCUGGUUCUCCCAGGGCGCCUGGCGCUCCUGCCCCGUGUGCAAGCAGUCAGUGGCCGGCACGGAGGACGGCUCCGACUCCACGGUCGAGAGCUUCGGGGACGAGGACCCCUCGCUGCCCGGCCACCGGCCCCCCAUCUGGGCCAUCCAGGCCCAGCUGCGCGCCCGCAGGCUGGAGCUGCUGGCCCGGGCUGGCCCACACAGCCGCUGCAGUGCCACGUCUGUGGGGGCGGCUGAGGCCGUGGUGUCCCCGGGACCCUCCUGA